UUUCCUCCUUUAUUCAGAUUGAGACCGACAAUGUGAGCAAACUCAUAUAGUCGGAGUUAUCAAUAUUAUUUGGACCAAAAAGUGAACCAUAAUGUACAGUGUACUGUGUAGACAUACCUACCUUCUCUAUAAAUUCUAUCACCAAACUCUUCCUCCUCCUCUACCGACACCAUCCCUCUGUGUGAUGGCUUUAAUUCUUCUCAUCUAACUUUCAUUUCAUCAUUCAUUUCUGUCUCCCUUUACCAGAACUUCUGCAACUUCUUUUUUUAGAUUUUUUUUCUUCUUAUAUUAAUAAUCUGUGGCAAAGAACAACAUGGUACAAUCAAAGAAGUUCAAAGGUGUCAGACAACGCCAGUGGGGCUCUUGGGUUUCUGAAAUUCGCCAUCCUCUUCUGAAGAAAAGGAUAUGGCUAGGAACAUAUGAGACAGCAGAGGAAGCAGCAAGAGCCUAUGAUGAAGCAGCUAUCUUGAUGAAUGGUCAAGUGGCAAAAACAAACUUCCCGAUUGUGAAGGAGAAUAAUGUUAAUGAGAAGAAAUUCCCCUUAUCUUCUUCAUCAACACUGUCCACUGUGCUCAAUGCAAAGCUGAGGAAAUGUUGCAAGGAUCCAGCACCUUCCAUAACCUGUCUGAGGCUCGAUAACGACAACUCUCAUAUUGGAGUGUGGCAAAAGAGAUCAGGGAAACAAUCAGGUUCUAACUGGAUAACAAAAAUUGAGCUUGGGAAGAAGGAGGAGCCUCAUCAGAGUAUGAAUUCUUGGUCUUCUGGUUCUUCAUCCUCUUCAUCUUCUUCUGGGAUUUCUGAACUUGGCACUAGUAAGCCAUUGGAUGAAGAAAACAGAGUUGCUAUGCAAAUGGUUGAAGAGCUACUCAAUUGGAAUUCUCCAUUUACCCCUAUUAGUGAUCCCCCUCCCUCUUUUUCCAACUCUAUAUGAUAUAGGAAAUGUUGAAUGUUUUACAUAGUUAAUUAGGUAUCCUUAGACCAGCUACACAAUCUUCUCCCACCCCAAACCCCCUUUAAUUUCUUUUGAAGGUGUCUUUCCUAAAUAUCAUAAUCUCCAAUAAUAAAGCCUAAAAGGGAAGGGAGUCUUGAAUUAUUAAUCGCUCCUUAAGUGAUUGGAUGUAACUCAAGUUUCUGGUCAGAUAUAUGUAUAUAAAGAUCAAUAAUACUGCCACAAAGUGGUUGAUUUCUUAAUUAAGCUCAUUUAAGCCUCU